UAUCUUUAAGAGGCAGGAUUAUUAGUGUCAUAACAUGCAGAUAUAAAGAACGAGCAGAUUUUGUACAAUAUGACUUGACAGUAAUGUAAAAAUAACUGUCUUGGUUUUUGGCAUUGUAUGCUUUUUAGAUUUGACUUUUUUAAGAUAGACUAAUUGAAAGAAUCAGUUUUUAAAGUUUCAAAUUUUUAAAGGAUCAAUACAAUCCAUGCGCAAUGACUGUAAACUGUUGGAUUCAUCUGCUUCUCCUUGGUCUCUACUGCCAUCUAGAGAUCCAACCUGCUGCCUGUGAACCUCACUGGACAGCACAGUUUCUUUGUGAUGUGACAGCCUCCAAUACCUCCAAGGUCCUAUUUGACUGCAGUCGACGUGCCUUAGAAAAGGUCCCCGUUGGGAUAACCAGCAACGUUACUGCUCUUGAUUUAUCAGAAAAUUCCCUGAAGACUAUUAGAACUGAUGAAUUUUCCAGUUUGCUGAAUCUGACUUGGCUCAAUCUCAACUGGGCAAACCUGAACAAGAAAGUGACAUUUAUGGCAAACCUCAAAAACCUAACAAAACUGCAUGAGUUAAAAAUGAGUGGCAAUGGCCUUGAAGAAAUUCCAAGUACCCUCCCUGUCACUGUGGAAAUCCUUGAUCUGAGCGGCAAUAAUAUUACAUUUCUGAAUCAAAGUAGCUUUGCCGGCUUACCAAACCUGACUCAACUGUGGUUAUCCAAAAACUGCUACUACUGGAAUCCAUGUGGCAGACCUGUGACAAUCCGGGAAAACAGUCUUACCCACAUGUCCAAACUGCAAUAUCUGGAUUUAUCUUAUAACAACUUAACCCAAGUUCCCAAAGGACUACCAGAGUCUUUAGAAAUGCUUAAUGUGAGCUGUAACAAAAUACAGUACAUACUUAAGAAUGAUUUUUUUGGCUUGAAUAACUUAAAACUCCUUAAAAUACAAGGGAACUGCCCGAGGUGUGAAAACGCUCCAUAUCCCUGUGUGCCCUGCCCUAAACAUUCUCUUGGAAUUGACGCUGAUGCAUUUGAAAGUCUUUCACAACUUGAGGAACUCAAUAUGGGAGGAAACUCACUGGAAUAUCUGAAUCCAUUAUGGUUUAAGAAUCUGAGGAAGCUUAAACAUCUGCUCCUUUCAUUUAACUUCUUACUCAAUGAAAUUACUGGAAAGGCUGAAUUUCUGCAAUUCCUCCCAAGGCUUGAAGUGAUUGAAUUUUCUUUCAACUAUGCUUUAAAACAGUAUCCUGUAACCAUUAAUCUUUCAAAUGAGUUUUCAAAUCUUAAGUCUUUAAGAACCUUGCAUAUGGAGGGUAUGGUCUUCCAAAAUAUUGGACCAGACACACUCAAGCCUCUCUAUGGACUUAGAAAUCUAUCAGCCUUGAAUUUGGGGACUAACUUUAUAAUUCAGGCUGAUUCCACUGUCUUCACCAAAUUUCAUCCCUUGAAAAUGAUUUAUUUGGCAGAAAACAGGCUUUAUCCCACUCCACACAAAAAGGUUUUAAAUUUGGAAGAUGGAUACACUCAGAAAUCAGACGUUUCUGUUUCUUCAUUUAUAAAACUUCCUCCAAAAGACUUUACAUUUGAAUUAACUCAUGGCCUUAUAAAGCCACAGUGCUUUAACUCUGGACGAGUUCUUGUUCUCAGCUCAAAUAACUUGUUUUUCAUUUCUCAAAAGCAGUUUGAAGGUUAUGGAGAUAUUGCAUGUCUGAAUCUAUCUGGGAAUGGAUUCUCUGCUGCACCUAAUGGCACAGAGUUCUCAUUACUGCCGAAUUUGACCUACUUGGACCUGUCCUUCAAUAAGAUUGAUCUGGCUUAUGAUCAUAAUUUCCAGGAACUGCAGAAACUUGAAGUGCUCGACCUCAGUUGGAAUUCGCACUACUUUAAAUCUUAUGGGAUAACACAUAAUUUAAACUUCCUAAAAUAUUUGCCUGUUCUGAGAGUACUGAAUAUGAGCCACAACUCAAUUUCCACAUUAACAACAAAACAGAUGCACAGCAGAUCUUUAGCAGAACUACAGUUUACACAUAAUGACCUUGGGACUCUUUGGAAAGAAGGGGAAGACUCAUAUAAGACUCUUUUUACCAACCUCACUAAUUUGACAGUUUUAGAUAUAUCGUGGAAUAAGAUCAAAAAGAUUCCUUAUGAUGUUUAUAAAAAGUUUCCUAUGAACCUAACUGAACUACACAUCAGUCAUAAUGAAAUCACUGACUUUUUAUGGGACAGUCUGACUUAUUUCCAUCAGCUUAAAAUUUUAGACUUAAGUCACAAUUCCUUGUCCAAUAUAGCAGGUAUUAAAAAAAUUACUAGCCUCUCUUUGACUUUUCUUUAUCUGACUCACAAUGACAUUUUUCACUUGGGUAAUGUAGCUUUUAAUGGCAUGAAAAGCCUUGACACUCUUAGCCUCAGCUCCAACAAAUUGACCAUCAUCAAUCAGUCCACAUUCCAACCGAGACCUGAAAAUCUUAAAACUUUAUUUUUGCAGAAAAACCCAUUUCAAUGUACAUGUGAUUCUUUGGAUUUCGUUGUAUGGAUUGGAAAAACACAGAUAAAGAUUCCUAGAUUGACAACUGAGGUCCGAUGUGAAACACCAGAAAAGGACAGGAACAAACUACUGAUAUACUUUAAAAUUGACCAAUGUGUAAAUGAUGAUCAGGCAUUCAGGAUGUUUGUUCUCACAACCUUCUUUCUUAUUCUCUUUAUGUUUGUGGCAACAGUUGCUCACUUAUUCUACUGGGAUGCUUCCUAUGUCAUCCACUAUAUCAAGGCUAAACUAAAGGGAUACAAAUCUUUGUACUCACAGGAAAAUAUUUAUGACGUCUUUGUGACCUAUGACACCAAAGAUCCACGUGUCUCUGAGUGGGUAAUGAUGAAUCUGCGGGUGAAAUUGGAAGAGGAAGGUGAGAAGCUUCUUCCUUUGUGCUUGGAGGAGAGAGACUGGCCCCCAGGAGUCCCACUAGUGGAUAACCUUACACACAGCAUCCAAAAUAGUCGCAAAACCCUGUUUGUCCUAACAGAGGCCUACGUUAAAACCGGAGUGUUCAAACUGGCAAUGUAUCUGGCCCACCAGAGACUGCUGGAUGAAAAUGUGGAUGUAAUUGUGCUGUUGAUGCUGGAACCUGUCCUGCAGCAUUCUCACUUCCUGCGGCUCAGGAGGAGGCUGUGUGAGAAAAGUAUUGUUGUGUGGCCUAAAACUGCAGCUGCUGAACUCUGGUUCUGGCAAAACUUGAGAAAUGUUGUAAGAGUGGACAAUCAGAUUAUGUACAGCAAGACCUAUAAAAAGUUAUUCAGCAGCAAGUAGGGAGGAGGAUAAUGGUUGUUCAUAAUAACCUAGGAAUUGUUUGAGCUUUUAGGAAUUUUACACUUUUAAAUAUGCCAUUGCAGCUGAGUCUUUGCAACAUUUGUUACUGAAUUUCAGAAAUUAUGAAAAGCACCUAAUUAUGUAAAUGACUUAUUUUUUUCACCAUCAAGUAAAAGAGGAUGGUAAUCAAGGGCAAUAAGUGUCACAAACCCAUAAAUACGCUGAAUUAACAUGCAAUCGUUAGUUGAAUUCAUUAAGUUAUUGUAUGUCAAAAAUGACCUACAAUUAUUUCUGUAUGUUUAAUUAUUCCAUUGUUCCUGCUAUACUGUACAGGCCACCAUGUAAACAAUUUAGGUUGUUUCUGGUGCUCCUCAAACAGACCCAGAUACCUGACUCAGGCUAAGAGUUCUGUAGUCAAGGUAAGCAGUUUGAGGUUGAGUUGCUGCCAGGUAAAUGAACUGCAUGUUAGGGGUCUGCAUUGACAGUUCAAAUUAUUUCAUGGUGGUCUGCAAAACAUUACAUGUGAGAGACUUUCAUUAAUAUGGAUUCCAUUUUAUGUAUUUCUAAUAUCUCUAUUUACUAAAAAUAUUUUUAAAUAUCAUUUUCAAAUUAAACAGACUGAUGUGUAUUUAUUUGAAACAUUUCCAAUCAUGUUUGACCUAAAACUAUAACAUAUUUAUUUAACUGCUUUUAUAUCUUGGACUGUGACACUUUGGGUCUUCAGUAGGAUGGUAAGAAUAAUUAAUUGUAUGUAGUGUAAAUCAACUAAAUUUUAGAAAAUGUCUCUUCAUAAGUUUGUGUUAAUUUAAAUCAUGCUGCACAUUUAAUAGAAUCUGUAAAUGGCAAGUUGUCGAAAUAAAUCAUAAUUAACUAAAUUGCA